CUUAAUUCAAUUUUGAUUUUUCUGUCUUCCCCGAGAACAUGGAUAUUGCACAUUUGAACCAAGAACGUACUUUGCCUAUAAUUAAGUUAUGGAUAGAGAAAGGUGUCUUAAGCAGGGAGGAAGUAAAGAUGAUCGUAAAACGUCGUGAAAAGUUCGAGGCAGCUCUUUUGGGAACCAUACAACGCAAAACGGACUAUCUCAAGUACGUAGAAUAUGAGAUGACCCUGAAUGAGUUGAUACAGAAACGUAUCAAGCGACAAAACUCCCAACAAAGAGAAGGAAGUAUACCUUAUAGAGUUUAUAAAAUCUUUGAACGUGGUAUACGGAAGUUCCAGAGUGAUCUUGGGAUCUGGGUGCAGUACAUUCAGGCUGCUAAGAGGUUCCGUGCAGACACGAGGGUAACAUCGAUAUGUGCAAGAGCUAUGCAACUACAUCCUACAUCCCCCGCUUUAUUCAUCCUUUCAUCUUCUGAAGAAGUCAGCAGAGGAUCAUAUUCAGCUGCACGUACGCUUCUCCAACGUGGUCUCCGUUUGAAUCCAGAAAGUACGGAACUCUGGACGGAAUACGUCAAGAUGGAAAUGAACCAUACCGAAGUUCUUCGAGAGGUCCAUGAGGAGCGAGAGCAGGAGGAGGAGGAGGGGGAGGAAGCAGCAGCACCUGAAAGUGCUGAAUCGGUUAAAGUUAUCCUUGAUGGUGGGAUUGUAAAGACGGUUAUGGAUCAAGCCAUGAAAGAUGUCAAGAAUCUGUCGAUCUUUCACAACCUUCAAGCUCUCAUCACAUCACAUCCAACACCCCUUCGUCCCCCACUUCUCAAAACGCUCUAUGAUCAACUUAUCGAUCGACACCCUUCAUCUCCCGAAGCGCUCGUCUUGUACGCGUCUCGUCACUUGGACACCAUCGACUCGAAUACGCCUGAAUUCGUGGAUGGCCUUCGAAAUGCGAAUGAAGAACUUCUUAGUGGGGCAAAGAAGUUAAACGAGGAAGCAUGUGAAACGGGGAAUUAUUCUCGAGGGCGCGAAAUGAUGGAUGCGUAUGCGAGAUGGGUUGAGAAUCGAGUGGCGAAUUUAAAGAUAGAUGAUUUGGUGAGUGAUCAUUCCUUUCCUUGUCCCCCCCCCCAAGUCCUAACUACGACCUUUCUAAUUCCGGAUGUUGGAUACGCACAACCCCUUCGCGUGUCUACCUACAAUCAUCGCCAUUCAUUUUCAUUUUCAUUUUUUUCUUUUCCGAACAACCUUAGAAACGAUACAUCAUCCUCUCGUUGGUAUCUCUAGUCUCUCAAGUCUCUCCGGCCGUCCGAACUUCUACUCUCCUCCGAACGACGCUCCAAUUAUCCCUCCACCCGGUUCUCUUCACUCCUUCAUCCCCGACAUUCAAAAAGUACGCUUCAAAAGUCUUGAAGCGUGCUCGGGAGUAUACUCGUUCAUCAAAGGGGCUUCCACUCCUUCAUCGACACACCAACAGCAACGAGAACGAGGAAGACGACAGGGAAGAGG